AUGUACAGCAAAUCAACACACACUAUUGUCAUCUUGAUUUUGUCAAUAUUAGCCAAUACUAUAUCGACAAAUCCAAUAAUUCCUACUAAUACCGUCAGAAAAUCAAUAAUAACAGAUCGCAAUUCAAGAUGGUCUGAUACUGGUAGUUUACAUUUUAGUCGAACUUAUCAAGCAGCAAGUGUGAUGAAAGAUGGACGAGUAAUAGUUAGUGGUGGAAGUGGUUUUCCUGUCUGUAAUACUUAUGAAAUAUAUGAUCCAUCAACCAAAAGCUGGACAAAAGAUGAGUUCAUGGAAGAGUGUCGACACUUUCAUACUUCAUCUAUAUUAUCCGAUGGAAAUAUUUUAGUUGUGGGAGGAUAUGCAGAUGGAACAGCACUUUCGAGCAAUGUUAAGUUCUCUUUAAAUGUCGCUUCAUACUACGACUUAUCCGAUGGAUUUUGGAAAGGAACUUUUCUCAUGAAAAAACCACGAGCGUUUCAUACAGCAUCGGUACUUCAGAAUGGAAGAGUUUUGGUUGUUGGUGGAGAGGAUCCAGAAGCAGCUGCAAGUGCUGAAUUAUAUGAUCCAUCAAACCAAUUUUGGACACUGGUAAAAAGCAUGAAGUAUUCACGACUAUGGCAUACAGCAACUGUUUUGUCAAAUGGAAACGUCUUUAUCACUGGUGGUCGGGGUGUGGACUCUUUCGCGACCAAAUAUGCCGAAAUAUAUAAUUCAUCAACAGGAACAUGGAAAGUUGUUGCUAGCAUGAACUAUGCACGAUCUUUACAUGCAGCUACCUUGUUAUCCAAUGGUAAAGUUCUAGUUAGUGGUGGACUGAAUGGAGAUGGUGAUGUUUUAAAUAGUACAGAAUUGUUUGAUCCAUCUACAGAAUCAUGGAGUAUUACUGAUAAUAUGAAGCAAGGUCGUUCUCAGCAUACAUCUACUGUGUUGAAAAAUGGAAAUGUACUAGUCACUGGUGGUAUUGGUCCUCAAUUUGCGCGAAUAAAUAGUUCUGAACUUUACAAUCCAUCAGAAGGAGUAUGGACACCUGCUGGUAAUAUGCAUUAUGAACGAGCAGGUCAUACAGCAAGCAGACUACGAGAUGGAAGUGUCUUAGUCGUCGGUGGUAAUGAUGAGAAUAACGUUGCUGGAGUGACAGUUGAACUAUAUGAGCCAUCAACCAAUACAUACAUGCCUAUCCGUGCAAAAUAA